AUGGGCACUCGACAACACGGCGAUGCCGCAGCGCCUGAGAAAAUUCGACGACAAACAGACAAAUGCGCGAGAAGCACAUCGCUGAUGUGGGGAAUUCGAUUAUGUGGACUCCAAUACUAUGAUGCUACCACGGGAAGAACUACGCACAUUGACAAGUACGAGGGGAGAACGAUUGAGAUCGAAGAGCUGUGGAGAGCCGUUCGUGGUUUCCUCUCGUAUCCCGAUGGUCGCCCGAGAGAAGCCGUUAUUCGAGGGGUUAUUCGACAAAUCGAACAAAUUGAAGAGGCGAUAACAUUAAUGGACGGGGUUCGUUUAUUCGGCUCCUCGUUGCUCAUUGUUUAUGAAGGAGACGCUUUGGAGGAGCCACAGAGUGAGGCUGAGGCUGAACAGUUAGUGAGCGUUCGCGUGGUCGAUUUCGCAAACGCAACACUAGCCGGUGGGAGUCAUGUGGGCGCUGAUCAAGGCUUUCUUCUCGGUGUUCACUCACUCAAUCGCUUCGUUGCAGCUCUUCUCCAUUCCGGCGACAGUGACAUCGAUUCUGAAGGGUCAUGCAGUCCC